AUGGCUACCGGUCAUACUGUUGAGGCUCUGUCUCCAGACAUUCCAGACUACAAUAUCGUUCCCGGCACAGUGUAUCUUGUUCAAGGUGCACAUCAGGUUGGACUCAGCUCUCAGGAUAUCAUCCUACACCCAACACCAUCGUCAGACCCCAGCGAUCCGUUACGAUGGUCAUUCUGGCGAAAGACUUAUCACCUCUUCCUCCUCUUCUGGUAUAGCUCUAUCGUCGGCGCUGUCACCAACUGGGAAAGCGUCAUUUAUCUGAAUUUGAUGGAAGCCUACAACACUACAAUCGAUCAGCUGAACAUCGGAGCAGCAGUUAUGAUACUGCUACUAGGCGUGGGUAAUGUCUUCUUCGUACUUCUUUCCAAUAAAUUCGGUCGACGAUCGGUCUACAUCUGGACGAUGCUCAUGGUCGUUGUUUCCCAGAUCAUCAUGGCCUUGUCGAAGGAUAUCAGGUACUAUCAAGGCGCACACUUUCUGCUCGGUAUGGAUGCCGCUCCCUUCAAGGCUUUGCGAGGCUCGAAGCUCAGCAUAUACGUCUUCGGACUGGCCUUUGGCAGUUUUAUUGGUCCGAUCUGUGCUGGAUAUAUGGUCGAGACACAGACUUGGCGUUGGGUAUACUGGUGGGGCGUCCUCUUGACUGGCGCGCUUCUGAUUCUGUUCUACCUUACCUUCGAGGAAUCUCGGUUCCUCAGAUCGGUCGACCCUGAUGAAGGACUUGUUGUCCCAUUACCUGCUAAGUCGACUCUGGACCUCGACGACCACCAUACUUCGAGUGUGGACGACUCUAAGCACGACUACAAGGUCGACGAAGAGUUGCGCCGACACAAUACCAAUAACCAUACCGCACAUGUCGGAGAAGUCUUCGAGACCACUAAUUGGAGUCCUCAAUUCGGUUUGUGGAAGAGCUACCCUGACUCAUGGGGUCAAGUUUGUCGGGAGUUUGUCGCUCCACUCUCGAUCUCAUGGUUUCCAGCCGUCUUCUGGUGUGGCCUGAACUAUGACACAUGCGUAUCUUGGUUAUCCGUCCUGGCUACUACCGUCGCAGAGGUCUUCGCUGUCCCACCCUACAACUUCUAUUAA